CCAAUAGUAUUUGUCUCAUGGAGGGAAACGUUAUUCCGUACAUAUUACGUUGCAAAACAGGAAUUUUGAAUCGACCUGUAACUCGAAGAUGGGGAACGCAGUAGAAGGAGCAGCUGAACGACCUUCCGGGGUUCCAUCUCCCCCGCCUGCUCGAAGGCUGACUAGUGUCCCGUGGAGAAAUUUAAAGUCUACACAUCAAAAACUGAUAGAUGAUAUAACAAAUAUCAAACCAGAAUGUGCUGCUAACGUGUUAUUGCUUGGUCCAACCGGAGCCGGAAAGUCUUCUUUUAUCAACUCCAUUCUUUCGACAGCCAAAGGUCGACGUGUCAAUAAAGCCUACACUGGAAAUAAAGAAACAAGUUUCACAACAACUUACGAAAGUUAUAUGGAUGAGGGAUUUGUGCAGCAUUGUUGCCUUUGGGAUAGUAUGGGCAUAGAACAUGUGCUAGAAGGUGGACUUUUAUUGGAUGAUCUGGUAUACCUUCUCAAAGGACACAUUAAAAGGGGUUAUAGGUUUAAUCCCAGAGCGAAGAUAUCCGAAACUGACCCAUUCUUUCGUCGAAACCCUGGAAUAGAACACCAAAUACAUUGUGUUGUGUUUGUUCUAGAUGCCAAUAUUGUUGAUGAAACGAUUCUUGGACCAUACAUUGAGAAGAUCAAGUCUCUACAAGAUCGAACACAUUCGUUAAAUAUUCCGUGUAAUCUUAUCCUGACAAAAAUUGACGAACUUUGUCAAGAAGUACGUGAAGACAUUGAGAAAACCUUUUGGAGUAUAAAAGUACUCAAUGCAGUUACCGCAGCUUGGCAUAUAUUCGGAAUUCCAGAAGGAAACAUACACCCAGUAAAGAAUUAUGAGGUGGAUAUUGAAAUCGAAGAAGCGACAAGUACUUUGAUUUUGAUUGCCCUUAGACAGAUAAUGUAUUUUGCAUCUGAUAAACUGGAGGAAAUGAAGAAAGGCCAGCAACGAAGCUGUUCUGUCUCAUAAGGCUGACUGAAGUCCAAAUAUAUGGAGUGUUAUCCCGGCCAAAAUUACUAGCAUGGCAUUUUAAGCAGGUUUCUAAUAUUUCCGAAUUAUGUGCUUAAAAUCAUGUUAUUUGGUUACUUUUAACUCAACUUUAUCACACUAGAGAAAUUAAUGAGUUGUUUAUGUAAUUCUACAAUAUUGGAACGGUUUAGUGCAUAUAUUAUAUAUAUUUAGGUACCACUUCUCCACAAUGUCUUCAGACAAAAGACUUACAUGUAAUUCCUCAGUAGUGGUGCUUGGUAGUAUUUUAAUUAUUACAGAAUAAGCGUUACCUAAUAUUUUCGUUCUUUACAUAAGGAUCGACCCCGUGUGAUCCAGGCCUUGCAAAUUCACUUGAGCUGAAUCAAGGUUCAGUUAUAAAACUGUAUAUAGAUAGUAAACGCCAUCGUCUUGGCCUCCUUAGGGACACUGUCAUUUUUAAAUGCUAUAGCAAUAGGUAUGUUUCUAAAGUAUCCGACAGUACCGGAACACACUUGUUUUGUCACAGCUAUUUAAACCCAUAAAAACGCGAACGUCUAUUUUUUUAACCUAGUCAAGGAUGUUUUUACACAAAGAAACAAAUCUCUACAUAUAUAUCGAACGUAAAAAAGAAUAUAGACUGAGUCUACCCGUCUAGAGUUUUGAGAUAUUUUACAAUUCUAAUUUUGAACAAUGUAUGUUUUUUCUAAGUUUGCUUGAUCGGCCGCAGGGGUUUUGUUCGGUACAAUAAAAUUUGGCGAUUCCCAAACAUUAAAUGUAGUUUGAAUCGCCUUCACGCAAACAAAUCAAAGUUUCAAAUAUGGCAUAAAUGGUAUUUUCAGCGGCAUACACGACAGAGGACUUUGAAUCACUUGCCACUCACCGCUACGGGCUCGUAAGUUCGUCUGGGGUGUGUGGAAUUCUUACGCGUGAAGAAGCCAGUUAGCUGGCUUGCGGAAGGUCGGUGGUUCUACACUCGGAUGGGGCACCUGGGGUCUUUCCCCUACAUGAAAGUCUGGAAAGUCAACAUAUGACCUAUAACAGUCAGUGUGGCAUUAAACACAGCGAUGUUCUUUUUCCAAAGUCCAGGGACUAUUUCAAAGAUUAUAAAAUUUAUCUUUUUACAUGUAAGUAUGUUCAGCAUUUUAUUUGCAGUAGGCAUUAUGAAAAUAAACCAGUUUUGUGUUCUAGACUUUGAAACAAUCCCAUUUUAAAGAUGUUUCUUGUGUCGAGUAUUUUUUUCGCUCAGACAUAUGCAUGUAUGAAUGUCUUUUUUAUUUGAUGUGUUCUGCAUUUCAUUUGCCAUGUUAUAUGUCAUCAUAUUUUUUGGUGUUAAGCCAUUACUGUAUCUUUGUAAUGAUAUAUGCUAUUUAUAUCGACUGUGUUAUUGACAUGUUAUUACUUUAAAGUUUAAUUUCAUGAAAGUACCAAUUUCACCUAUAUUCUAACGUUCUGGGUCCCGUUACACGAAGCCUACUUAGGAGAAAGAACUUAGGAGCAAGGUUUUUCACGAACAUCUUUUUUAAUUUAUUCAUUUUUACUAAUCGGCUAUUCUAAGAAUCAUAUGUCGAGGAAAAACAAAUAGUUCUGUUGUAAAUGAUACAAGUUGUGUCUUAUUUAAAUGUCCUUAUAUUGGAGAGAACUUAGGGUGAUACUUUUGAACUUUUGUUAAACUUGCCCCAGUUCAGCUUUCUUUUCCAGACAAAUAAUUCAGUUGUAUCUCGCACUUUCUUUCAUCGCAUACAUGGCAUAUGCAACAUGGCAGCUGUGACUUUCAUAUUUUACAUUCUUUAAAGAGCUGUAUUUUUGAUAUCAUUUAUGUCAGAAAAUACCAUUAUGCAUUGAUUAUUAGUCUGGAUGUGUUUUAAGAAGGGGAUUUUAUAGUUCUAAGUAGUUAUUUCAAUGUUCUGGAUAGCAAUUUUUGCAUUGUAAAUGUUAAGUACUAAGCUGUGCCGAUGUAUCCUCACAUUAACAGCUAAAUAAAUAGAGGCAUUAACAACUUAUAAUAUUGUCUUUUUGAGUUUUUACAUAUAAUGUUCUGAAUUCUAAUAAAGAUGUAUAUGUCUUGUCUUCCAUGAA